CUUUCCGGAGCAGCCGCGGAGAAGCGCAGGUGGAGGGUGGAGAUAGCGCGCCCCGGCGGCGGGGGCUUCAGCCUCGGGAGCCCAGGAGAUGGCUGCGGGGACCCGGCUGGAGGACGGUUCAUUGGAUCUCACACAAAGUUUAGAAGAUGACCCUCUCCUAGAAGCUCAGCUUCUGCCACAACAUCCAUUGCAUGUUCAUUUCAGACCUAGAUUCCAUGCCCUUCCUACUGUCAUCAUUGCAAAUCUUCUCUUGUUAAUACAUGUUGUAUUUGUUGUUUUAGCAUUUUUAACAGGUUUGCUUUGUUCUUAUCCUAAUCCAAAUGAGGACAAAUGCCCGGGAAACUACAUCAGCCCAUUUAAAGUUCAGACUGUGGUCAUCCUCGGAAAAGUGAUUUUAUGGGUUCUUCACGUGCUUCUUGAACGUUAUAUUCAGUAUCACCAUAGCCAAGUGAAAAACCGAGGCUAUAUCAUCAUCUAUAGAUCCACAAGGCAUCUUAAAAGAUUGUCGUUAAUGAUACACUCUACUGGCAAUGCAGCCCUGCUCCUCAUCCUGUGUAUACAGCACUCCUUCCCUGAUCAUGGUCCCCUCUAUCUUGACUUCAUCCUGGCAGUCCUGGCCUUGGAACUGAUUUGUUCCCUGAUAUGUCUAGUCAUUUACACAGUGAAAAUAAGAAGAUUUAAUAAAGCCAAGCCAAGACCUGAUAUAAUUGAAGAAGAGAACAUGUAUGCGUAUGCCAAUAAUAGUACCUCAGAGACUGGAUUCAGGACUAGUUCCAGUCUAGAAGAAGUAGUUGAAAAGCAAGGAGAUAUAAUAGAAUACCUGAAACGACACAAUGCUCUGUUAAGUAAGCGACUACUGGCCGUCACGUCCCUUGCUUCGGCUUCUCAGCCAAGUAGAGAGUGAAGUCUCCCAAAUUUUAGCAUUUCAAGAAUAAUCCAAAAGAAAACAUUUCGCACUGGACCUUUGGACAAGCUGCUAGAAUUCAAUUAGAGCUUUUGCUGACUAGUUUUUUAAAAAUAAUUUAUGUUGGAAACUUGAAUUUUGUUUUCAGGUAUGCUGAACUUUUUCUUCUUUUGCUACAACUAUAAGACUUCUUCCAUAUUUGAAAAAUCCAUUUCUAUAAUUAUUGUUUAAAAACAUACAGACUUAUAGCCACCCAUUUUUCCCUAGCCUUUGACAUAAUAGGUUUGAAUUGAUUUAAUUGAAUUGAAUUGAUUUAACUUAGUUUCCUUAAAGGUGUAGUUUCAACUUCUUCCUUGUUAACCAUCCAAAUUAACUUAAAGCAUCUUGUUCUUAACAGCUUGCUUUUUAUAGAGGUAAUCAUUCCAGAGAAAUUUCUAAAUGAAUGAGCCCAAUAUAAAUGUGUUAAGUUUGUUGAAGCAACCAUGAUUGUGUAAGACAAAAAAGGACCCUCAGAACAUUUCUACAUACCUGCCUUGUGUUGGGCAGAACUAUUACUCAGUUCACUCACUCUAAGGCAGUCAUUAGAAAAUUUACAGCAUUGUUGAAUUGAUUUGUAUGAAAGGGACCUUGUACAGCUGAGAAAAAGUAAACUGAAUUUGUUUCUCCAGUCUUGUCUUACUUGGAAAUUUAGAGAUAAGGCCAAAUUGUGAACCUGACAUAUUCAGUUACUAAUAGAGUCUAUGAAGGAUGGUGAUUAGUUAACUGCAUUAUUUUCCCUCUGCUGGAUAUAAUUUUAGUUGACACAUUUGCCAUGGGUACAUUAAAUGCUUCUUUAGGAAAACCUGAUUUUUUUUUUUUAGUAUUAGUGAUUUGUUUUGUUGUUUUUUUUGACAGGUUAAUCCUGUGGGUAGGAAGAAUGGGUUUCUUCAUUGUGUCGGAAUAUAUUUAUACAAACUUGUGUAUAUAAUAUAAUAUAUUUGUAUACAUGUAUAUUUAUCUUUUAUUUGAAGACUCAAAAUAGUUUAAUUAUACAUCACUUGCAAGAUGUGCAGUAUUAAGCUUAUCACUUUCAUUACUACUUUUUAAUUAGUGAAUGAAGUGAUGUCAUCUCCAAACAGUUCAGAGAGAGAGAGUGUAUGUGUGUUUGUGUGUGUCUGUUUUAGGAUGGAAAUAUAUUCUAUAUGUAGCUUCUGACAGGUUGAAGUGUGUCUGGGCCCUUUUUUAAACUCUAGGUUUUAUCUGGGUUUCCUGCCUUGUAUUCAUCAAUGUGUAUCUUAAUACCAUGUCAUUUCAGGAAGUCUCUUUCUCCUUCAUUGUGAGAAGUUAUUAUAUUCUGCCCUCAACUUUCCCACCAUUCUUUUAGGUGUGUAGGAGAAGACAGAUUAUUUUCAAAUCAAUUUGGUUAUGCAAUUGGUCUGCUAUUCCAUUUUAAUUAUUUUGUAAGAAUUAUGGAAUAUGUUUUGGUUUAAAUAACAGGUAUGUUCUGGAGAUUUUUUUAAGGAUACUCAGGUUUUGACAUAUAUGUGUGUAUGCCUGUCUGUACUUCGUUUCUAACAGAAUAAUAAAUACUUUGAAUUGUUC